UAUGCAUGAUAACUCAAAUAUUAUGGAAAAUAUAAGUUCACGCAAAAAAUGUACUCCGUCACUGUAACAGACAUUCAAGCCAGAAUGGUUCUCAGGCUUUUGGGGAUAAUCUUACUAUUGAGUCCCUUUUUAUCUGGACAGUCAUGGAAGAAACCUGGUUGUCAUCGAAUAGGUCAUACAAGAACUAUAAGCAUUCCAGACUGCGUUGAGUUCAAUAUUACGACAAACGCUUGCCGUGGGUUUUGCGAGUCAUGGUCUGUUCCGAGUAUAAUGCUGGGAUUUAAACGGCACCCAGUAACUUCGCUAGGACAAUGUUGUAACAUGAUGGAUUCCGUGGAUCUACCUGUGAAAGUUCUCUGUUUGGAUGGAGAACGAAAUUUAAUAUUUAAGUCAGCUGUUUCGUGUGCUUGCUAUCACUGUCAAAAAGAAUGAGUUUUGCGCUCGCAUUGCCAUGCGUCUAGAAGAAACCAAACUAGUUAAAAACUACUUACUAUAGUUAUUUAAUUAUUUUAUUUA